AGUAAUAGGCUGGGGGUUGGGGGAAAGGCUGUUUACUUCCUCUGUUCAAGUCAGUGAGGUCCCUUUAGAGCUCUGGAUAGCUGUGGUGACGGGUUCACGCUAAUGCACAGCAUGUGGCAGCUGCUGUCACCAACGGCUCUGCUGCUUCUGGUUUCAGCUGGCACACACGCUGAUCCCCCGAAGUCUGUGGUGAUCCUAGACCCUCCAUGGGACCGGUUGCUUGAGAAGGAUUCUGUGACUCUGAAGUGCCAGGGGGCCUACCCUCCUGGAGACGAUUCCACAGAGUGGAGGUGGAAUGGGACCCUCAUCUCAAACAAGGCCUCCAGCUACUCAAUCACAGAUGCUACAGUUGGGAACAGUGGAGAAUACACGUGUAAGACAGGCCUCUCUGCACAGAGUGACCCAUUGCGACUAGAAGUCUACAAGGGCUGGCUGUUGCUCCAGGCUCCUCGGUGGGUGGUCCAGGAGGGGGAGUCCAUUAGGCUGAGGUGCCACACCUGGAAGAACAUUACAAUACAAAAGGUCCAAUAUUUCCAGAAUGGCAUGGGGAAGAAGUUUUCUCAUCAGAAUUUUGAAUACCACAUUCCAAAUGCAACACUCAAAGAUGGUGGCUCCUACUUCUGCAGAGGAAUUAUCAAGAAUUACAAUUUGUCUUCGGAGGCUGUGAAAGUCACUGUUCAAGGUUCAAAAAGUCCAUCACCUAUCCUAUCAUUCUUUCUACCUUGGCACCAAAUCAUUUUCUGCCUGGUGAUGGGAUUCCUGUUUGCAGUGGACACGGGGCUGUAUUUUUCUGUGCGGAAAGUACUUCGAAGCUCAAAGGAGGACUGGAGGAAUGGCAAAGUCACAUGGAGCCGGGACCCGCAGGACAAAGGAGGAUAACAAAAGCAGCAGCAUCACCACCACCACUGCUUUUAUUAUCCCAUGGAGUAAUAAAAGCAGCAUCUCUGAA